AUGCACGCGAUCGUGCUCUUCUCUCUCCUCUGCCUGCUGCCGCUCGAGGCCUCGUGCCGGGUCCAGCGCGCCGUCGCUCCCGUCCGCAUCGGCGGAAGCGGCGGAGAGCGCCGGCUUCGCGGUGGCUCCCUGCUUGAUGGGCUCGAGGACGAGGCCGACGACGACGACGUGGACGACCUCGGCCUGGGACCGCCGCCGUCCUCGCCCGCCGCAGCGCCAGCAGCCUCCGCCGAAGCGGAAGCCCCGCCCGCCGACGGUCUCACUGCGGCCGAGGUGACCGAGAAGCUCAACGCUGUGCCGGCGUUUGUGCUGAUCGCGAACGGGCAGCUGCUCGGCUCUCGGAACGAGGAGGGCGAGGCGGUGCUCAGCUUCUUCACCGACGCGGCCCACGCGCGCGCCGUGCUGGCCAGCGUGAAGGAGAGCGGCAAGGUGGAGGGCGCGCAGCUGUCGGUGCUGCCGCUCGGCCGGGCGCUCGAGGCCUGCGGCGGCUGGGCCAAGGGAGGCGGCAGCGAGGAGACGCGGCUGAGUCGGCUGGUGGGCUCGCCGCAGGGCGACGCCGAGUUCGGCGAGCACCUGCAGAAGCAGCUCGAGGCGACUGACCGCGCCGCCUCGAGCUGGCGGCUGCCUCUUUUUCUGUCCAACUCGUUCCAGACCGAGAGCAUGAUCCCCGUCUUCCUCUCGCGCGAGGACCUGCUGCGCGGGUGGGAGCGGGCGGGCGGCGACAAGGAGAAGCCGCCCAACCCCGUGAUGGUGAUGGACGUGCGCGUCUUUUGCGACCAGCUGCAGAGCGGCAUGCCGCUGGCCAAGAAGAUCCAGCUGGUCUCGUCGCUCGAGGCCUUCGAGCUCGCCAAGGAGCUCAACCCAAAGUCGGUGGGAGAGCCGACCAGCUCGUGA